AGUCCAGUAGCACCAGCAACAGAUCCUCGCCCUGGAAGUUCUGGCGCCGCCUGUCCACCAGAAGUCGCCAUGACAACAAGUAUCUGAGCUCCAAAGAAAGGGCAGAACUGGCUCUCCUGGACAGAUUUGACCAAUCAAAGACUUCAGAGAUCCCAGUGACCCCUACCUCGCCAUUGCCCUCAUCCGGACCCCUGCCAGACGUGGUGGAGAGAGCUCCAGUUAUAGCCAGGUUUAACAGCAACUCUGUGCCACCGCCCAAACCUCCCCGACUCUUCUUGAUCAGAACACCAUCCAGUGUGACCAGACAUUCCAGAGACAACAACAAUGAAACAGACCCCAUGUACAUCAACAGUGACAGAGCUGCCGAGUUGAAAGCUGAAAGACACGACCAGGGCACUGACAACCCCAGAUGUAGCAGUCUUCAGUCAUUCAGUGAUGUUGUCAGUGGUCUCAGGGAUGUUGAGCUUGGUGACAGUAACAACCUGCUGGAGCAGUUCUCAAACACCAACACAGAUCUGGUGGAUGACAGAACCACCAGUGCAACUCCUGUUGUUAAAUUCCAUCAACAUUCAGUUGGAGCUGCAGCAACCACCUCAAGCACAAAAAACAUUCCACUGUUGAGUCAGUUCAACACUGUAGCCAGGAAAGCCAAGACCAAAACACCAGAGCUGAACAGGAGAUGGGCUGGAAGGUCAUUCAAACGUGCAGGGGACAAGGGAGAAGUCACCAGACAGAAACACAUCAUGAACAGUGUCUCUGAACUUCUCCGCCAGCGACUCGACCCCUACCCACUGUUGGAUCAGCUCAAACGUUUGGGUAUUCUAAACAAUAUUGAUGUGCAGUCCUUCCUGGGCCAUCAUGACAGGAAAUCUGUGUGUGAAGGUCUGGUGGGUCUAGUAGGAGAUGCACCCUCUGAUGUGCUCAAUAUGUUCUGUGAUGUCUUGUCCUCCACAGGCAAUUGUACAGAAAUUUGGGAGAUUUUGGAGGUGAUGAGGGAGAUGGACAGAAUACUUCAUGAGCUGGAGUGCAACAGCAGCAGUGAAAAUAGCAUCACCAAUUAUGAAAAGUCCUUCAGCUUUGAGGUUGGCUACCUGGCCCCGGAUUACUCCUUGAAGCCACUGGUUGAGCUGGAAAGGGUUCGAGUCAGCGGUGAUAAACGACUCAGCAAGGCAUCAUCAAGGAACUCUGCUCACUCACUGCUGGAAGUAGGAAGUGCCGACCCCAACAAAAACUGUGACCCCGGCAUCUUCCCAGGUCUGAUUAUGAUGAGCAUCUUUGUGACCUGUCAUAAUCUGUCAGGUCUGAGAGCUAGAGCUCUAGCUAAUGUCAUCACCAAGCACAAUUGUGUCUCUGAACUUCACAUCGGCAAGACUCAGCUAUGUGGGGAGGACAUCUGUGUCAUCGUCAAGGCCUUGGAAAACAAUAGGACAGUGCAUCAUCUGGAUCUCCGCUUGAACAACAUUGGUCACGCAGGAGCCCUGGCUGUGGCCGAACUACUCCAGAAAACCAGGUCUCUGCAUGUUCUGAACCUGUCCUCCAGUAACAUGGACCUCCACAGUUUAAGAAGCAUCACCUUGGCAGUUGCUAGUAACCGGUCAUUGACCGACCUGGACCUCAGCUUCCUGGACAUCACUGACCAGUGCUGUGAUUAUUUAAGAGACAUGCUGAAGGCCAACAGCAGCCUGCAGAAGUUGCGGCUGAGGAGCAACUUGUUCACCUGGUCAGGGUGCUACCUACUUGCUGAAGGUCUUGUUCGCAACCUGAGCCUCCGGGUUUUAGAUUUGAGCCGGAAUACCAUUGGAGACCAUGGAGUCCAGGCUCUAGCCAAGUUUCUGCCAGAGUCGUGUGUAAAUGAAGUCUGUCUAGAGAACUGUGGAAUCACAGCAGCUGGGUGUGAUGCUCUGGCUGAGCUGGUGACUCACUGCAAGAAGUUGAAACAUUUGAACAUCAGUAACAACCAUUUAACAGACCUAGGGAUAUUCAAACUGGCCACAGCUUUGGAGAGGACAUCAUCUUUAGAGAACCUAGGUCUGAACAUCUGUGAGGUGACCAACAUUGGCUUCUCCAAACUGCUGGAUGUUCUGGAGAAGAAUACAUCAAUAGUUCACCUGAAGCUCUGCUACAACCAGCUGGGGAAAGAGCAGUGCAACCCUGGAGAGAUCUCAGAAAACCUCAGAUAUCGUCUUCGUAUUGUUACAUCUUCUAGACCGAAGCUGCGCAUUCUUCUCUGGGGUAACUCGUUUGAUGAUUAG